CCAAACCCUAGCACCCCGAUUCUUCCACAUCGCAGUCAUCCCCGAGAAGGAGCCGCCGCGCGAAAAGCAGGCCUCGCUGCCGUCACUCCUCCUCGGGGCGCAACCAUGGUGGCCUCAAAGAAGACGAAGAAGUCCACGGACAAUAUCAACAACAAGCUGCAGCUUGUGAUGAAGAGUGGCAAGUACACGCUCGGCUACAAGACCGUCCUCAGGACCAUCAGGAACUCCAAGUCGAAGCUUGUGAUCAUUGCUAACAACUGCCCUCCUCUUCGGAAGUCUGAAAUUGAGUACUAUGCUAUGCUGGCUAAGAUCACCGUACACCACUUCCAUGGAAACAAUGUUGACCUGGGAACGGCCUGCGGUAAAUACUUCCGUGUCUGCUGCCUCAGUAUUAUUGAUCCUGGUGACUCCGACAUCAUCAAGACCACACCAGGUGAUCAGUAAGGAGCACUGCCCUGACCUCUCCGGAUGCUGUCUUCUGAGUUUUUCUGCUGCAGUAGAUCUUUGUUGGACUUGCUUGGUCUCGCAAUGUUGAACAAGCAGUUGCCAGUAAACUUUGUUUCGUGGGAACAUUGUUUUGAAUUGAAAUUUUUGUUCCUGGCUUUGAA